UACGUAGCAACCUCAGGUAUGGGCUUCCUCGGGAGGAGGGGAAAUUUGGACACUACGGCAAUUGUGACUGCGGCGGCCCCGAUCCGGACAAUGAACAGAUGAGUAGGAUUGAGGAGGUUUAUCAGGUGCAAAGAACUGAGCAAGAACAAAUGUUGCAGAGAAGAGAUAAAAUGUCAAUUUCUCACUUCCAUGAAGAAGGAGGGACAGCUGUAAAUCAUCACAAAGAGAGGCAUCUGAGAAACCCCUAGCAAAGAAUAUGGACACUGCCGUUCCUUGUGUGGAGGCUUCCCAAGAUCUAUGCAAAGGCGCAGUUCACAAGCGAAUGUAUAAAUCUCAGACUGCAAGGACAUGCAAUGAGUGUGGAAAAAACUUCGCCCAGGCUUCGAACCUUUUGGCACAUAAAAGAAUCCAUACAGGCGAGAAACCAUAUAAAUGUUCACACUGUGGGAAAAGCUUCACGGAAAGGUCCAACCGUAACAGGCAUCAGAGAACCCAUUUGGGAGAGAAACCAUAUCCAUGUGUGGACUGUGGGAAAAGUUUCAGCUUUAGGUCGGACCUCAUUAGACAUGGGAUUACCCAUACUGGAGAGAGACCAUACAAAUGUUCAGAGUGUGGAAAAAGCUUCAGCCAUGCCUCAACUUUAAUUAGGCAUGAGAAUAUUCAUACAGGAGAGAAACCGUAUUCCUGUACAGACUGUGGGAAAAGCUUCACCCAGAGUUCAUCCCUUUUAGCGCACAAAAGGCUGCACACAGGAGAAACGCCAUUCAUAUGCCCUGUGUGUGGAGAGAGUUUCAACUGGAAAUCACACCUGGUGACGCACAAAAGAACCCACACAGGGGAGAGGCCAUACAAAUGCACCAAGUGUGGGAAAAGUUUCAUUGAAAAGUCCAAACUGAAUAGACACCAGAGGACACAUACAGAAAAAAAACUUUACGAAUGUUCAGAGUGUGGGCGAAUAUUUAGUAUUAGAGCCAAUCUCAUUCGGCAUGAAAUAGCCCACAGGGGAGAGAAGUUGUACAUGUGUUUCAGCUGUGGCAAAAGCUUCAACCAGUCCUCCAAGUUGAUAAGGCAUGAAAGGAUUCACACUGGAGAAAAACCUUAUUCCUGUACAGACUGUGGGAAAAGCUUCAACCAGAGCUCCGAACUGCUUAGGCAUGAGAGAAUCCACACUGGAGAGAAACCUUACAAAUGUUCCAUUUGUGGGAAAAGUUUCAAUCGGAGAUCACACCUCAAUGCACACAAAGCAACCCAUAUCGGAAGUCAGUCGUGCAAAUGGCCAGAUGGUGUAGCACGCUGUCAUCCUAGUUCACUCCGUAUUGCAGAGGACCAGCCUCAUAAAUGCUUGGACAGUGAAGAGCAGCACAGUCCUGGCUCACUCCUUAUUUCUGGCAUGAACCUGAACAGGCAAACAUACGCAGAUGGCCAGCUGCACGAAUGGUCAAACAACGAAACAAGCUACACCCAUCGUCCUUUCCUUGUUGCAAGUUUGAAUCCACAGGAGAGGAUUCUUACCAACGACUUGCCGAAUAAAUGCUUAGGCCAUGGAGCGAGUUGUAAUCACAACUGUUUGCUUAUAACCAAUGUGGACACUCAGGAGGACAUGGUUGCAGGGGGCUGGUCGUAUAAACGCCUCAAUGGUGAUGGAAACUAUGACAAUCCCUCGCUCGUUGUAACAGACGUGAGUUCCCCCCAAGAAGAGAAAGUGUUUAAAUGCUCCGAGUGUGGAAAGACCUUCAACUGGAGAUCUCACUUUAUUCGGCACAAAAGAAUCCACACAGGUGAAAAACCGUAUUGUUGUGUGGACUGUGGGAAAAGCUUCAACCGGAGAUCUCACCUUGUUAGACACAGGAGGACUCAUGCAGGGCUGAGGCAGUAUGAUCAGACUGAGGGAGAAGCCUCAGUCGAGAAUCUACUUCCCUUAAACGCAGAAUCCGGACAGGAAGGUGAUAAUGUAAACACACAGCCUGAAGAAGGACAGUCUGUUGUGGCUCACACUGUAUUACAUUCCGGAGAAGUUGAAUGGGAGACAAAUCUUGCAGAAGUUCAAUGAUAUUAUAAGGAUUAAGCAUAAAAUAAUCUGUUCUAGGACAGGAGCCUUGUCGGAAUAGUGCCAGUUAGAUGUCUGUUCUCAGAUGACACAGGAGACUUCAUGCAAAGAUGUUACCGGUCUGAAGUCUGCUGGGUGAUCUUGGGCUAGUGUUAGUUCUCUCAGAACUCUCUCAGCCCCACCUACCUCACAAGGUGUCUGUUGUGAGGAGAGGGAGAAAAGGAGUUUGUAAGCUGCUUUGAAACCCUUUGCAGUUGAGAAAAGGGGGGUAUAAAUUGAGACUCUUCUAGCAAUUUUUAUUUUUUCAGUUUCAUUUGCUGGUUGAAAAGAUGUGGGUGGUUGUUCUGGGCUUCUCAGAUAGUAUUCUAAAACA